GUGUUUAGCGGCUUUUCAUCGAGUGAAUCAUGCAGUUGCAGGGGCUGCUCACCUAUCAAUCGCCUCGAUCAUCCGCCUAAAUCAACGCCACAGUAAGCUAGAGUGCUGACAUGCAGCUCAAGCGCGCAUCCUUCAGUCUUGGGCCCUGGCCCUCGUACCUAGUCGUUAGACAUGGCAUGUUGUGGCCACAUGAUAAGCUUCCCAGCCCUAGAAGCAGGUCCUUGCAAAGUGUGGCAACGGCCCGAAGCCAUGGAAUCAAUGUACCCUGUCCUCUGGAAUGCGCUGCGUAUUGGAUGGCUCAUACAGCAUAUUCAAACGAUCACACGAGAGACAACUUUUCCAAGAGAUCUGGAAAGACUGGAAACCAGAGGCUCAAGCGAGUUGCCUCAGAUAGUGAUGUUGUAUCCCAGACCGGCAAGGAAAAAAGGGGGCCUCACGAGAGAGUAAUGAAUUCGUGCAGUUCAAGGCCUUCUUAUGCGGGAACUGGGGUCACAUCGAUAUUCCUGCAGCCUAAAAUUUGGACCCGAAAUCCUGGUCAUCAGGCUUCUCAACAUGGGCCUAGUGCCAUUACUUGCCUGCCAAGGGAGUGAGGCUGAAUCUAAUCUUAUCCUGGAAGCCGUAUUAACCGCAUCUGCC